AUGUCGAAUACUGGCGAUGCCAAAUUAUUCGCCCGCGGCAAAGUCGCUGAGCUGCGGGCUGAACUACAGAACAAUGGCAAGAAGGACAAGAACCACCUGGCCAAGAAGACUGCUCUCAAGAAGAUCGUGGCCAACAUGACCAUGAGUAACAACGACAUGGUGGCACUCUUUCCAGAUAUUAUCGGCUGUAUGCAAAUUCCGUCGCUGGAAAUCAAAAAGAUGUGCUUUCUUUACCUUCAGAAUUACGCUCGAAUCAAGCCAGAGAUUGCUCUACAGGCACUACCGGUGCUGCAAGAGGAUCUCGACGAUUCAAAUCCCUUGACCAGAGCUUUGGCACUUCGCACCAUAUCAUAUAUUCAUGUUCGAGAAUUCGUUGAGGGCACUGUUGGGCCGCUCAAGCAAUUGAUGGCUGAUAGUGAUCCUUACGUGCGAAAAACUGCGGCUAUCACCGUGGCAAAGCUCUAUGACCAUGACAAAAAAUUAGUCGAAGGUUCGGACCUGAUUGACAGGCUCAAUCGCAUGCUCAAGGACGAGAAUCCUACAGUCGUGGCCACGGCUUUGUCUGCUUUGCAGGAUAUCUGGGAGCGAAGCGAGAACAUCAAGUUGACCAUCGAUUAUUCUAGCGCUUCGAAAUCUGUGUCCAUAUUGUCGGACUGCAACGAAUGGUCACAAGCGUACAUCAUGGAAGCGCUUAUGUCUUACGUUCCUCAAGCAUCCGACGAAGCUGCACUGCUCGCCGAUCGAAUUACACCCAGAUUAUCACAUUCCAAUUCUGCAGUUGUUCUUACUACUGUUCGAGUCAUCUUCUACCUCAUGAACUACAUCUCAGACGCGAAGCAGAUCGAUUCGUUAUGUAAGAAGCUGUCACCACCACUCAUCACUCUCCUAUCCAAGCCCUCAGAAAUACAGUAUUUGACGUUACGAAAUUGUAUCCUUAUCCUACAGCAGCGCCCAGAAGUGUUGCAGAACGAUAUUCGAGUUUUCUUUUGCAAAUACAACGAUCCAAUCUAUGUCAAAGUCACUAAGCUCGAACUCAUAUUCAUGCUGGCCACUAAGGACAACAUCUCAGUCGUGCUCAAUGAGCUGCAAGAGUAUGCUACAGAAAUCGACGUCCAGUUUGUGCGGAAGGCUGUACGAGCCAUCGGAAAGCUUGCCAUCAAGAUCGAGCCUGCUGCCAGGCAAUGUAUCGACACUUUAUUGAGCUUGGUUAACGCUAAAAUCCCGUAUAUCGUGCAGGAAGCAACAGUGGUCAUUAAAAACAUCUUCCGCAAAUAUCCGAAUCAAUAUGAAGCAAUCAUAUCCACGGUCAUCCGUCAAAUUGAUGACCUUGACGAACCAGAAGCGAAGUCAGCCAUUAUUUGGAUCAUAGGUCAAUAUGCAGACCGAAUAGAAAAUGCUGAUUCACUCCUACAAGACUAUCUUGCCACGUUUCACGAAGAACCUGUCGAGGUGCAGCUUGCCCUCCUGACAGCGACUGUCAAGUUGUUCAUACAACGGCCAACCAAGGGCUCAUCUCUUGUGCCGCAGGUUCUGAAGUGGUGUACCGAAGGCGCAGAUGAUCCAGACCUUCGUGAUAGAGGUUUCAUGUACUGGCGUCUCUUAUCAACAGAUCCAGCAACAGCCAAGACGAUAGUGAUGGGAGAGAAGCCACCAAUUACUGCUGAGAACGAGAAACUCGAUCCAGCGACGUUAGAAGAGCUAUGCCUCAACAUUGGUACACUGGCAACUAUUUACCUUAAGCCAGUACAGCAAGUCUUCCGCUCAGCCCGACCACGAAAACUAGCGCAAUCGCCAGCACUGCAACGACGGAAAGAAGAGUUCGUCUCCGCAGUGAACACGACCGAUCUAAGUAGUCCAAGCUUGGCCAAUGGGCACACGAACGGGCAUCAGGCCGCGAUCAAUGCCGCCGAUGAGUAUUUCAAAAACUUGACAUUGAGCGAUAAUUCAGCCGACAACUUUUCGAGUCCGACCACAGGUGGCAUGCCAGAUACCGGAUACGUAGUGAACCAGAACGCUCCAGAGCAGGUAUAUCGACCUGUGGUCGGUUCAGCAAAUGGAGAUUUGUUGUUGUGA